AUGGCGCAACAUGAGUUCCUUCAUGAGAAUGACUGCAUGGCCGCAGUGCUGAGGAAACUUCCACUGUUCAGUCCAAUGACUGUUUGGUGGCGUGCUCUUAUCCUCCUUUGCUGUAUUCCUAAACAUGUGGAGACCUCUCCAGCAGACCAAUAUAAGAACUCCUUUGAUCUCACAUGGACAACCAGAAACCGUGUCCAGAACCUGCUGAUGGAAUAUAAGGAGCACCAGUUGGGAAACAAGGAGUUUGAGGACAGAGGUCGGCACUUAAAGGACCUGCCAUUACUUUCUACAGAUUUCUACCACUGGCUACAGCUGACGGACUGGGAACGUCUGCAUGCUGCUCUCCGUGAUAUACAAUCCUACUGGAACAUGCUGGAGUGGAAGAAAAGGCAGCUGGCGAAGGAAGAGACAAAAAACGAGGUCACCACUUUACCUCAAAGCAUCAACAACAUUCAGCUGAACCUAAGGGACCUGAUGAAAAAAGUCAAAUUUCAGAUGAAACACAUGAAGAGCUCUUGGAAGAGCCCAACUUCCAACACACUGGACCUAGAAACCAACUCCAAAACAGCAUGGGACAGCAGAGUGGAGGGUUACAUCAUCCUGAGGGAUCUAAACCUUUACCUCACCAAGCUGGCAAGAGACUUCCUCCUGCUAGCUUCAAAAACACGUCUGACUCAAUACUGA